AUGUCGGAUAGAAUGUCCUCGUCGUCCUCUGCCCACUUUUCCACGCUAACCGCGGCAGAGCUGGCGGCGUGGUCGCAGUCCCUCAAGCCAGUAGUGCUGGGUCUCUGUAUCACUAUGUUGGCACUUGGCAAUUUGGGGGUGAUGCUACGUAUCUGGGCCCAAUGGCGCAUUCAGAAGCGCCCCAUGCAGGAGGACUACUGGCUAGUUAUGGCCGUCCUCUUUGCCAACGUGGUCUCCAUCGCCACUAUAGUCGCAGUGCACUAUGGACUAGGGUACCACAUCUUCCGCGUCGAAUCUGAAGAUCAGUCGCGACAUGCGUUGAAGUGGAUAUUCCUCUGUGUGUGGCUCACUGCCGCUUUCAACGGGCCUUCGAUGCUGGCCACCAAGGUUGCCCUGCUCCUGUACUACCGCCGGCUGUUCGUCGUGCAGCAGAUCUGGCUGCGCAUCUACUGGUGGACUAACAUGGUGUAUGUGGUUCUGUGGGGCAUUGGCUCGACUAUCACAUACGUGCUCUCGUGCGUGCCGGCCAGCUUCUACUGGGAGCGCUUCGACUCGCAGUCGACCAUGCACGGCACCUGCCACAACACCACCAGCGCCGACGGCCUGCCGCUGAUUCUGGACCUGGUCUCUGAUGUCGCGAUCCUGAUCCUGCCCAUUGCCACCAUCGCUACUCUGCAGAUGCCGCUCGCCCGCAAAUCGGGGCUCAUGAUUGUGUUCUCGGUCGGAUUCAUCGCCAUCGUAUCCGCUGUCGCUCGCGUGGUCGUUCUCUACAAGGAGACGAACCUGCACUCGGACUUUACCUACGCGGCCGCGCCCUUCGAGCUGCUGGACGUGAUCCAACUCAACAUGGCCAUCGUGUGCGCGACCGCCGUGCCCAUCGCCUCGGGAUUCCGCGUGGCUUUUAGCAAGAAGUUUCGCAGCUCCAAGAGCUGGACGGCGGGGGGCGUGGGCGGGAAUACGUACCACAGCCGCGUCUCGACGGUAGCGGCUCGGGCCGCACGCCUGCGGCUUGAGGAGGAGGCCAGCAGCAGCACUGAACAGCUGCAUAUGGGGCACUUCACCACCAGCUGUGCCUCCAAGGACCCGGAAGACCGGGCACGGGACGGAGCUCUUGUGUCCGCCAACGGGAUCGUGGUGAAGAUAGAUGUGGAUAUCCGGUAG